UUUGCGUGAACGCGGCAGGUUGGUCCUGGAGCAGAUGAGCGCAGACUAUUUAGGCGAGAGCGCGAGGCGGGGGGAGCGCGGGGCAGGAGGAGUACCUCGGCCGAGAAAAUUAUGCAUGCGUUAGGGAAGCUCUGAGAGAAUGGCUGUGGAAGCGCUCCACUGUGGUUUGAAUCCACAGGGCAUUGAUCACUCUCCCCGUGCUGAAGGUAUUAAACUGCAAAUUGAAGGUGAAGGUGUUGAAUCUCAAUCCAUUAAAAACAAAAACUUCCAGAAGGUGCUUGACCAAAAAGGAACCCCCAAGCGACUGCAGACAGAAGCUGAGACCUCGAAGUCUGCUGCAGUGAAGCUGUCAAAGCCAGUGGCUCUGUGGACCCAGCAGGAUGUCUGCAAGUGGUUGAAGAAACAUUGUCCGAAUCAGUAUCAGAUCUACAGUGAGGCAUUCAAACAGCAUGACAUAACUGGGCGAGCCCUGCUGAGACUUACAGACAAAAAGCUUGAGAGGAUGGGGAUCACCCACGAGAACCUCCGGCAGCACAUCUUACAACAGGUGCUCCAGCUGAAGGUGCGAGAAGAAGUCAGAAACCUACAGUUACUCACACAAGCUAUACUAACAAGGCCCAGUGGGAACUCUUCUUGAUUGAGGCUGUCUCCGGAGUCCAAGAGUCUCAACGGAGGGUUCUCCAGGAAUGUGGUAGCCUUCCAAGUUGCUGUUCUGCCAGUUGAUAUGAACAUGGCCUGAUCCUCCCAGAAAGACUCACUCCUGGCACUGCCAGAAGAUAUCCUUGGAGCAUUGACAGAUUAACCAGUCACAGGAAAAAAAAAAAACAACAAAAGCACCAAGCACCCUGUCAGUAAAGCGUAUGGGCUUUGGAAAAUCUUAGUUUGCUGUGGAUUUCUAAAUGAGGUGCAUAUUAUACAGUGCCAACUGGUUCCAAGUGGUCAUUGGCAGACCCAUAGCUGGAAAAUUGCUUCCAGUUUUCAUCACUGUGCAUAACUGAAGCUCCCCCUGGGAAGCUGUCUGUACCCUUCACUAGAAGUCCUGUUUUAGCAUGGCAACUACUGGAUUAUUUUAUUAUGUGUACAGAUGGCAUGAUGUGUUAGAAAAAAAAAAUCCCAGCAGUUCUGCAAUCUCAGUGGAUGUGUUCGCCAUAUUAUGCCCUGGUAAGAAUGUAAACUUGUCUCGGUUAUGUUAGUUAUAAUGUCUAACGGUUUUCUGUCCAACUCUGAAGCACUUUAUAGGAGAACACUACACUUAAACGAACCGGCACGUGCAGUACAUGUGGAAAGUGUUUUCUUUUUUCUUUUAUAAGCCUUGUCCUAUUUCUGGCUCAGACUGUCAAAGAUAAACUCCUCUUCUAGCAUAUUCCUGGUUGUAUGUGAUAGAUUAGUGUAAAUACGGCCACAAUACUGUUAAACUUAGCCUCUUGACACUUUACUAAACAACCAGAUCACUUAAAGCACCAAAGGGAAGCAGAGGGAAGCCUGGGAGUGUCAGGCCUUAGCUCUAAAUUGCACCUGGGCGCAACUGAACAUGUGCACAUACAAAUACUCCAACCCAGGAGGUUGGACUUGGCCAGUGCAUGCGGUCUUAAUAUCCAGUAGGAGAAAUCUUUCAAAGAAACAGGAAGAGACCCUGGUGAGAGAAUGGCAAAGGAAAUAGUGUGUGUAUGUAUGUGUUUAUAAGCCAACUCUAGCACUUUAGAAAACUUUCUAGGUUGACGUUAAAUCACAACUCUCUGAAGCCAAAAAAAAAAAAAAAGUAACUGCCACUCUCUGCCUACCUACAGAUGGAAAUGGGUUCAAUCCGUACUAACGUUCUUCCUCCGUGCAGAUCCUUCUCGUCCUUCAGUCCUUUUGAGGACUCUGUCCACACUGAUUUCCACCACCACCCCCCCACCCCAAGUUUUUUAACAAAGCACAAUUCUGGAAAUACAGUCCAUCCGUCUACUGCUUGUCUUUAGAGCAAUGCCCAAACUCAUUCUACUCAACGACUAAGCAUUUCUUUCACUUGAAAAUAUAAAGUUGACUGAAGUAAAAAUUCACCAAUGUAUGUUGUCUGCAUUCACAGUCCCAGCUUGGGACUAACAGGCCUCAGACAGUUCUUUUUUGAACAACUCUGGGACUGUGCCAAAUUUGGCAAACUUGGCAUUGUUUGGGGGUCUGGGCACACAGCAGGUGUCUGUUCUCUCCCCAUCUUGCCUCCCCUGGGGCUCUCAGGAAAUGCAUAGCCCUUGGGAAACCCCUGCAUCCCUCACCGAGAUCCGAAAACACCACAGAGAAGGAGAGAGGGAUCCAAGUGAGGGUCAGGUGAGUCAGCAAGGUGAGUUUCUGCCUGCCCAUAUGGUGGGUGGGCCAAAGAAUAGGGCUUCCACAUGAAAACUCAGAGACGUUUCCUCAGCACCAAGAUGGGGCCGAGGGCUGGGUCGGCUCCAGGACCCUCUGACCCUGAGCACACCCUUAUUUUUCACAGAUCUCCAACGAAGAAGCUCUGUCGGGGCUGCUUCCUCCCUGGAUGUGGCACCCCCGUCUCCACUGCUUAUUAACCAUCCUUGGUUCACUUCCAGUAAUAGCAAUUCCUUCUUCCAUUCCUAGUUUCUGGGAUGCAGCAACCAUUUGGGGAGCGGCUGCUUUGAGACCAGCCUGGUGCUGGGACAACCACAGUAUAUAAGGCACAUGCUCCUUGCCUCACUUAAACAGCAACUCCACCCGACCCUUAACCACCGCCUUUUCCACAAUGAAAUCUGAAUGCAGUGUGCAUUCAACCCCUGCCAGAAAAACCUGAGAAAUGCCCGUGGCCACAUGCUUUCUCUGCCUGAUGAAGAACACAGCACCAGGCCACAUAUUUGCAUCCCUCCUAUUCCACCACCCCUUCCUGGCCCCGAGUUAGCUGGAUAGAGCUUCCCAAGGCAACUCUCUGUUGUUUUCUUUGAUCUCCAACCCGAUCCUCAACACACCCAUUUGAUAGAGCCAUGGUUGCUCAGCAUAAUGCUGAUUUCUCGGAAGCUCCAAUUCUGUUAUAAAAAUUAAUGCCGAGGACACAAGAUUGGGCUUGUGAAAACUAAGGCACUACUGCCAAGUGCUGAGCUACUGUAGCUGGAAUGGAUUGGCUUGGCUGGGAUGGGGGUAGGGGGGUGGAUUCCGAGACUCCUGUUUACACCCUUGGAAAAUGGGAUGUGCUGUGUAGUGCAGACAUUCGUGAAAUGGUGGCUCAUCCUCUUGUAAUUUGGCGUUUACAAAAUAUAUUCUGAACAAUGGAAUAAGUCAAGUAUCUGAGGUAUAUUUUUCCUUGAGAUAACUCAGGACUGGGAAAUUACUCUAUUAAUGAUGAUAAAGAUAAAGAAUGGAUGAAGACAAAAGCAGAGAAAAUGCCCGAGUGCAGGAAAGAUGACCCCCUAAAAAAUGCCUUAAUUCCUGGCAAGUACCAUUUAUGUGCAUAAUCAAUUCCUGUUUUCCAAGUGGUCAGAUUCUGUUUGACAUUAUUUUGGGAAAUAGUGUUGAAAAUGUGUUGAUAGCAAGUCUUAGUAGUCACACACUAAACCAGCAACUUUAAAAAACAAAUUUGGUUUCCAGCCUUGGGAUUCUUUGUUAGAAGUUGAUCCACAGUUGUCCUUGCUUACCUCUUGCUGUGCUGUAUACCUUCUUAAGAUGGUGUCAGAAAUUCUACCUCCCAGAAGUACAGAAACAGCAGGGAUGAGUUUUGUUUUAGAGGAAGCAAGUGGCUCGGAUGGAAAGCAGAAAUAUUAUGAUGUCUAAGGGCUAUCGACUGUUGAUGCUUCCCUUUCCCUUUCUCUAAAAUCUCUGCCACCCCCUUGAAGAGGAGGUUGACAUCCCAGCGUGUGCAAGAGGGUUGACAUUCCAACGUGUGCACUCUGAGGAACAAACAGUUCUCAGACACCCUACAGUGCCAGGGGAUUAGCAAAUUCUAGCUCCGGAACAACAUUUAAAUAUGCAGAACAUCAAUUGUUCUGCUAGGGUAGAGAGCAGAUCACUUUAGUCAUUUAAGGCAUACCUAGGGGUAAAGAGUCCUUCUCCACUUCCUUAGUGGGUAAUGAUGUACCUUCACACCCCUGCUCAGGCUCCAUGAGCUGUAUUACAGCCCAUUCGACUUCUACCUCCAGAUCACGGGUGAACAGCCAAGGUUUCUCCUUAGAAUCACUGCUUACAGCUGUCCAGUCAAGAACAAAUUGUUUUUAAUUCUGGGGGAUUCUGCCAUUGUUAACAAUGCAGGGGAAAGGGAAUAUCAAUCUGACACGAGAAUUUAAACUAAGAAUUAAAAAGUCUCUGAGGCGUUUACUCCCCUGGUGACUUGCAAGCACUCUCUUUGCCUGCAAAUGUCACAUCAUUGAUUUUGGAAUUGAACAAUAAAAAUCUCCAGAAAGAAAAGUUUUCAAGACCUCCCCUCAGCACUUGAGUUUUACCCAAGCCUUCUGUUCCUGGUGCAUUAGCAGCUUCCUUCUUUGUUAUGGUUUCCUCUAUGUUCUAUUGAGUCGUUUUGUUCCUUGACUCCUAGAUUUAAAACUGCUGAAGACUCUUUAAAAAUCUAAUCUUUGGAAAUGACACAUGUUUCUUUUAUGCCCUACAGGCUUUUAUUCACCGUUCCCUCCACCCCUCUUCUUACUUUGUUUGGUAUUUUUCGUUCUUUUUAAUCUCUUUCUUCUUUGAACACAGUGCUGUGGGUAGAUGAUUAGUAUUCGACAAAGAACUCAAACACAAAAACCAGACAUGUCACCUUUCUCCCCUUUCCCACCCCGUCCUCACUAAUCAUUUCUUCUGAGCUUGAACUUGGAACUUGCUGCCCCAUCAGCCGCAGGACAUGGCUUCCCUUCUUUGUUGGGGGGUUGACUGGUCAGUGUUGUGCCUCAAAAUUGGUCCCCUGAGAUCGAGAAGGAAGAAGGACCAGGAGAUGCUUCUGCUUAGAGCACAGCUGGGGACUCAUUUUCAAAGGCAAACAGGUCCUGCAAGUUAGUGUCCUUAGAGUCACAUCUCCUCCUGUACCCAGCAGCUCUCUUUAUAUAUAUAUGAAUUCUGCUUUAUCAUGUGUGUGAUUUUCUCACAUCACUUUACAGCUGCUGAGACAGGAACAGGCUCUGGGAGCAAAGCACAGAGAAAUGUAUGAACCCUCCAGACUUCCCAGAAUGCUAAGUGUGUGCACUGAAGUGAGAAGACAGCACCUAGGUCGGCCAGUCAGCAAAGGGGUGGGCAGCAGGAGAGAAGACAGCCCCAAAUAGACAUGGGCUACUAUUUUUAUUCACUUCUGGAAUAAAAGGAAGAAAAAUUUUAGGCAAGGCAAGAGGCUGUGUUUUGUAGGUGUUUUAUUAUUAUUAUUAUUAUUAUUAUUAUUAUUAUUAUUAUUAUUAUUAUUAUUAUUAUUAUUAUUAUUUACAAAAAGCUUUUUCUGGAAUCCCCCUGUGCCUGAUGUCAAAUUCCUACCCCUGUUCUAUGGUGUUUAGGAAGCUGACCUGGCAGUUUUUAGGGUGGCAUGCGUGGGUAAGGGAACAGUCCCUAGCCAGAUGAUAGCAUCGGUGUUAUCUGUUUUAUGGUGGGCUGCCAGUUCUGUUGCAGGUUGCACAGCUUUGUGGAAGAUAGGAGAGGUUGCAGCCUUCAUUGAACAAUGCUGCUGGCGUUUCUGUUGAAGACAGGAGAAGCUGGCAUCUUUCUCUGCCCAGAUGCUUGCUUUAAGCAAUGCAGGACUUUCCCACUGGGCUGGUUUUCUGUCCCUGUCACAAGCAGGGUCAAAGCAAGUUGUUACCGUUAUUUUGCUUUGAUGACUUAAUCUAGUGGUAUUAGAUUAAGAUUAGGAAACGUUCUUUGGAAGGUGAACCCACCUGUGUGAAAUUUGAGGAAAAGGUGGGCAGUGUGCAGGCAGGUUCUGCCACACUAAAGGUCAACAGUCGCCUUUCCCCAGGGAGUGUCAUUAGGGAAGGCAAUCAGAGGGAUGGUGUCAGCAGAGGGCUUCAGGCCAGCUUCUUGGUUUUGCAGGGAAGAGGAAGCGCAGCACUCUUUCUAAUCUCUAAACACUUAGGGUUGGGCCACAGAGACGGGUAUUAAGGAUAAGACACUUGUCUUGCAUUCAGUUGACCCAGGUUCUAUCCCUAGCACCAUGUUUGGUCUCCUGAGCAUCACCAGGUGUGUCCCCCAAACAAAAAUAAAUAUUUAAUUUUUAGAGUGGUUGGGUCUUCACCUGGGAAAAUCAUCCCUCACAAAUGUUACAGGGAAGUACCAGUGAGUCUUAACCAGUUUUAGAUUUCUUGCCCAAAAAUAAAGAUUGAGAAACAACUUUCUCAGAAGCACAGCGAAAAGGUGAAAAAACACUUUUCAAAACUUGUUUUUUUUUUAACUUUUACCACACAGGACUGUUAUAAAAUCUUGAAUAUCCCAAGUGUUCUUUCCUCAUUGCUUCUCUUCCCCACAUAUAUCAGGCUCAGAGGAUCCCACCUCACACUUUAAGUACAUUGAUGUGUGCGUUGAAUUGCCAUUGUCUGGGUUGAUUCAAGUCCUAAAUAUUGUUUCUAGUUCUACCAUAAUUUUUUACAUUUGGAUACCAGUCAGUGUUUUAAUUACUUGCUUGAUUGUUGUUUUUCAGACAAUUAGGGAAGCCUGAGAAAGGCUUUAAAACCCUGGCCUUUUUACUUGAUAUAUAAAAAGUGAUAGAACUGGCCACAAUGAUAUGAAUGACAUGGAGGAUUUCUAAUGAAUCUCAUGAAAAAGAAUUUAAUAAAUAAAACAAAACACUUAUAACUCUGCUUGAUCCCACAACACAGAUUAGAACCUGUUACAUUUUAAUACUGUAGGUCCAAGGACUUAAACAGGCUUUCACAGAGCAGUGCCCUGCCAGCUACAUCGAGCCCACUCAAUCUUAUGAAAUUUUCAAAUCUUACAAAAAGUUCAAAUGCCUUAUUCUAAUGUCGUCCAAUGAUAUUCUUGUUAGGUUCCUAUUUCUCUCGUGAUGGGGAAACCUAUGCUGUGAUAUAACUUUGAAGAAAAUAGAGCUUAACAUUAGGGAUAUCUCCAGUGUUUGCUGGCUUGGUGCAAUCAUUCCAGUAAGUGACAUAAUCUAUGAUGUCCCGAGAAGAAGUUAACCAGGCAUCCUUCUGAAAUAGUACAGAUGCCAGAAAGACGCCUCUUUAAAUCUCCAGGAAUUUCCCCUAGUAAAGCAUAAUACCAAAUAUUGGAUUUGAAUUAAAUCAUUGCCAUAUCUCCUAAUUAUAGGUUCUUUAAACCAUUUUUCAUACCAUAUUUCAAAUAUUUUUCUUUUGACCACAACCAACUGCAUGUGGAAUCUGUCCAACGAGAACUGCCCAUAGAACCUGUGGCAAAGCUUAAAUGACCCUAUGCUUCAUUCUUGGAAAUUGGGUUGGAAGAAGACUAAGAAUACUUCUGCACACAUACCAGCUGCAAAAGUUUUUAGGUUUUUUUUUUUCACUGGGAGAGAAGGGGCAUAACUGGCAGUGCUCAGAGACUACUCCCAGCUUAGUACUUGGUGAUGUCAGGAAUCAAACCCAGGACCUGACACAUGCAAGACAGGCACUCGACUACUGGGCCACAUCCCUGACCCUGCAGAGGAUUUGAAGAGCUUACCCAGGUCCCCGUUUGCUCUCUCCCUUAAGGAGAAUAGGACCAGGGAGAUUCAUGUUUUAAUACUAAAUCUUUGUUUCAUUUGCUCCUGGUAAUUCAAUCCUUCCCCCCAAUCAACAGCAAGGAAGCCUUAGCCUACUCUGUGUGCUCAGUUAGUGAGUUAGUGUCUCUCUUGCCUAAAUGCAAACUCAGGGGCAUGAAGGCACACAGGGACUGGUAGCUAUCUCCACCCUAACUCUUCCUCCCCUGUAGAAGCACACUCUUCUUCUGAAGCCAUGUUUGAGGAGACCUGGCUUUGGCUGAUAAAGAAAACCCACAUGGCUGAGAGUCAGGUGAGACCAGAUUCUUGACUUUGCCCUGGGCAGCCAUGAUGGGUACCUACCUAAGCAAUGAGUGCUGCAAAGCUAAGCCAGGACAAAUUUUGUAAAACCAAUUCACCCCAUACUCUUGUCACUGGAGCAGAUAAGUCUAUUUUUUUUUAUUAAUCCAAUGUUUAUGUCAUUAGGCAUGACAUUAAACAGCUGUGUGCAAAACUUGAGAAAAAAAUCAAUCUUGUAACAAGCCUAGCAGUAAAAUAAAACCAGAGAAUAGAACACCUUGCUUUGCUCUGGUUUAUAUGCUGAGUACUUACUUCUUAGGACUUUGUGGAGACUGGGCCCUCUUUGGUAAGGAAGAUAUUUGGAAUUCACCAAUACUGGAAGAGCUAGAAAAGGCGCCAUCUCUCUGGACCUGUGUCAUCUCUUUGUAAUACUACCUGUCUCACCUUAGCAGACAAAGCUGUUUGGAGGUUAAAAUGUGCCAUGGAGAGAACCCGCCUGGAACCACCAAUAACUAUGGCCUUACAGUGAACCGAGUUGUAGUCAAUAUAUUCUUUCUCUUAGGUAUGACUUCUCCUCAUAUCUGUUUUGAUUGAGGCUGCAUAUGGGGGUUUAGGAAAGGAAUGGGAAGAAUGAUAAAGUAGCCAUCAUCAUUUUGCAUGUGCGCUGUAGGGAAUCUACUCUGCAGAACCCACAUUGAAGGUGCCCAUUUGUCUUCACUUGUCCACUCCCAAAGGUUUCGUACACCAUAACCUUGCCAAGAGAGAGAAAGUGCAGAUGUGGCUUAGUACAGGGGAAGAUUGUCAGGCCCGGGUUAGAGGAGACCAGUGAAAGUCUGACAUUGACAAAUGGAGAAUCACAGCGAGCGGAGCCACUUUGAACUUCCCUGAUGAGCAACUGUAAGUUAAGAUUUAUUCUAGGAAGUAAAGAGGAAGUAAAAUCACACAAUAUGAAUUAAAUAUAAGAUAAAGGCUCUCAGUAAGGCAUGGAGCAGGGAGGGGAGUCGGAACCUGAUGAAAACAAAAUCGGUUCACUGUUUAGCAAACACUACCAAGUGUGGCUAAAAAUGCACAGUUCAUAACAUGAGAUGUCUGUGUAGAGGCAAGUGUGUAUAGAUGAUAAGCAUAUUUAUAACUCCUUUAAGUGAGUAGUUAAACCAGCAGCCUGAGUUCUCUUAGGCCUCUGAGAGUGGUUAACUUUCCUAUUCAUUGCCCAUGACUGUGACUUUUUUCUCUAUGCAUCCCAGAAAAAAAAAAAAACUCCCAGGACUCGACUUUGGAGGACAAAGCAAGUUAUGUGGUAAAAUAAGAGUGCCUUUUCUGUUGGAUGUUCAUUUCAGUUCCCUGGACACCCAGGGCAUACGAUGUUUAGAAACUUUUUUCUCUAAACAGAAGAAUUAUUGUGCACCACAAUUUUGAACCACCAAUUUCCAUAUCUUAAGCAGCUAUCAACUUGCCAAUUCUCUUUGGGUCUCCUUUCUAUUUUCUUAUAAUGUUUCCUUCUCUUUGGGGUUGUCUCAAAAAGAGUUUUGGGGGUGGGGACAUGAUUCUUUUUAAAUUGAUAGAAAUGAAACUGUACAGAUAUUUGCCCCCUUGUACUUGUGAGCAUGAUCUCUAUCAGGCUUGAAAAUCUGCUUUAUCAUUUUGUAUAUUUGACUAUUUUGUAUUCAGCAUUACUUGAUUCCUUAUGUGCAUGGCAAUGUAUUAAAAUGUGGGAUUUCUAUUACCGUGUAAAAGUGUUUUGAUUCUGAUUUUCAACAUAUAUCCUUGGAAAAAA